AUGGAUCUUCACAUUAUCCUCCGGCUGCUGGGAGGAAGAAUGAAACCACGACAGGGUUUGGAGUUGGAGGUUAUAGAAGAAGAAGAGUCAGAAGGAGAAGAGUCAGUAGAAGAAGAGAAGAAGAAGAGUCAAAAGAAGAAGAGUCAGAAGGAGAAGAGUCAGUAUAAGAAGAAGAAGAGUCAAAAGAAGAAGAGGCAGAAGGAGAAGAAUCAGUAUAAGAAGAAGAGUCAAAAGAAGAAGAGUCAGAAGGAGAAGAGUCAAAAGAAGAAGAGUCAGAAGAAGAAGAGUCAAAAGAAGAAGAGUCAGAAGAAGAAGAGUCAAAAGAAGAAGAGUCAGAAGGAGAAGAGUCAGAAGAAGAAGAGUCAAAAGAAGAAGAGUCAGAAGGAGAAGAAAGAAGAAGAGUCAAAAGAAGAAGAGUCAGAAGGAGAAGAGUCAGUAGAAGAAGAAGAGUCAAAAGAAGAAGAGUCAGUAGAAGAAGAGUCAGAAGAAGAAGAGUCAGACGGAGAAAAGUCAGUAGAAGAAGAAGAAGAAGAGUCAAAAGAAGAAGAGUCAAAAGAAGAAGAGUCAGUAGAAGAAGAGUCACAAGAAGAAGAGUCAGUAGAAGAAGAGUCAGAAGGAGAAGAGUCAGAAGAAGAAGAGUCAAAAGAAGAAGAGUCAGAAGAAGAAGAGUCAAAAGAAGAAGAGUCAGAAGGAGAAGAGUCAGUAGAAGAAGAGUCAAAAGAAGAAGAGUCAGAAGGAGAAGAGUCAGUAGAAGAAGAGUCAAAAGAAGAAGAGUCAGAAGGAGAAGAGUCAGUAGAAGAAGAAGAAAAGUCAGAAGAAGAAGAGUCAGAAGGAGAAGAGUCAGAAGGAGAAGAGUCAGUAGAAGAAGAAGAAAAGUCAGAAGAAGAAGAUAAAGAGUCAGAAGAAGAAGAAAAAGAGUCAGAGGAAGAAGAGUAA